UUCAGGAUGCUUCCUGUGGAGGACAGACAGCGUGGUGCCUUCACUGUCCUGCUGGUCCUCACUGUCCUCACUCUGAUACCCUCCUGCACAGCUCAGUCUCAGGUGAUCGGUUCCUCUCAGCCAGUAGUGGCGUUAGCAGGUGAUGACAUCAUGUUGCCGUGUCACCUGGAGCCUGCUGUGGAUGCAUCUAACAUGCUGGUGGAGUGGGCGAGGCCUGAUCUGGAUCCCAGGUUUGUCCUGGUGUGGCGUGACGGUAUUGAAAUGGAGAGUAAAAAACAUGGGUCCUACAGAGGAAGAACUUCUCUGUUCACCGACCAACUGAAACACGGAAACGUUUCCCUGAAACUCUCCACAGUGAAAAGAUCUGACGAGGGAACGUACAGAUGCUUCUUUCCACUUUUACACAGAGUUUCCACUGUCCAGCUUGUUUGUGAGUCUGACGGCUGGUAUCCAGAGCCUGAGCUGCUGUGGCUGGACGCUGAGGGAAGCGUCCUCCCUGCUGGACCUGCAGAGACACUCAGACGUCCUGAUGGUCUCUAUAAUGUCAGCAGCAGAGUGACUGUGGAGAAGAGACACGGCAGCAACUUCACCUGUAGAGUCCAACAGAAGAGCAUCAACCAGAGCAGAGAGACCCUCGUCCACGUUCCAGAUGAUUUCUUCAUGGUCCCCAGUACUCCUGGUCCUCCUGGUAGUCCAGGUGUUGUCGUUGGCUCAGUUAUCGGUUGUGCUGCUCUGCUGUUAAUUCCUGCAGUUGUCUUUGCUGUGUGGAAAUGGAGACAAAGGAAAUCCAAAACCAAGAGCUGGAGCCCUGAGGACGGACCUGAACACACUGAGGGAGAAAAGAGGCUCACAUCUCAAAGGGAGAACUCAGGACUUCAGGUGGUGAUGGAGGGAGGAGAGGAAGGUGUACCACUAAUGUCAGGAAGAGAAGAAGAGAAUGAUGCUGAUGAUGGAGGAGAAGAGGAGAUCAGAUCUCAGAGUGAACAGAAAGACAAAACACACCAAGAUCAUCUGGUGACAAAACCAGACAUGGACAGGACAGAAGGAGAGAGGGGAGCUGAAACAGUAACUGAUGAACAAGUAGCUCUGAUUCCAGCAGAACAAGAGACGCUGCAAAAGAAGAACACAGCAGGAAGACAAAUAUCUAAUGAUUAUAGAGAGCAGAGGGUAGAAUCAGUAGAAGAAGAUUCAGGACAGAAAGAGCAGCUGAAAAAUCUCCUCACUGAUCAGAAGGUACCGACACGAGAAGACAAAACAGAGGACGAGGACAGGAGAGAAGCAAACAUUAAGAAAAUGAGAGAAAUUAGAUAUAAAAAGACGGAGCAACCGCAAGGGAAAAAAGAUCAGAAGAGGCAACAGGCAAGAAAGCCAAUAGAUUCAAACAGCCGGAGGAACUUGAACUCAGAGAAGCAGAACAAAAAAGAGGGAGGAAAAGACGAGAUGGAACUCAAACCACAGAGAGUAGACGGGACUCAGAAUGUUUUAGGAGUCAGAAAACAUGAGGAGAGUAAAGCAGAACAUAACGAUAAAAACCAAAUAGAACAGGAGGGAAACCUGAGUCACAUUACUAACACAACAGAGAGAAGAGAGAGAGAGCUGCAGACAGAAGUGGAAGAAAAUAUAAAGAUAGAGCUCAAAACACAGAGAGUAGAUGGAGCUCAGAAUGUUUUAGAAUUCAGAAAACAUGAGGAGAGUAAAGCAGAAGAUGAAGAUAAAAAACAAGAACAAGAGGAAGAAAACCUGAGUCACAUUACUAACGCAACAGAGAGAAGAGAGAGAGAGCUGCAGACAGAAGUGCAAGAAAAUACAGAGAUAGAGCUCAAACCAGAGGAAAGAGGAGUCAAACUACAGGUUUUAGAUGGCAGCAAACAAGAGGCAGAAGAUGAGGAUCAGAGAGGAAACAAGGCUGAUAUUACUGCAGGGACAGAAAGGAAAGAAGAGAAGAUGAUGGAAACAGAGGAAGAGAGGGUGGUGAAGGAUGGGAAGAGUCUCUUGAGCCACACUUAUAAGAUUUAA